AACCAUCCAUCCCACGAACUUCGAGCAUCCUGCUGGACCUCUGAAAUAUCUAUUAGGUAUUAAAUACCAACCGAGUCUACCAAGCAAACAGACCAAACAUCCAAGUGUCAACCUGCACUACUUCCGGCGCAAACCACCAGACACAAGCAAUCCAAGUCUAAAUCAACAAAACCCCUACAAACAAAACAAAGAACACUGCCCUUACAUCCAAAAUGGACAAGAAUCUCAACCAGCUCCUAAAAUGGAGCAUUGAAGCUCAAACCGCCGCCAACGCCGGCCAAUCUUACCACUCCAACGGCGCCCCCACCCCUAAUAACAACUCCGGCCCUGCCACCGGCACCGGCGCCGUGGCCACCUCUCCGGCUCCCCAGGUCACCGGCUCCGGCCCCCGCCCCGUCGAUCCCGAAGUCCUCGCCUCCCUCUUCGGCGGUCCCUCCGAAGCAGAGCUCAUGAAAGCCGCCAUGGAAGUGAUCACCGACCCUUCCCCCGAGACCACGCGCGAAAACAAGUUGAUCGCCUUUGACAACUUCGAGCAGCUGAUUGAGAACCUGGACAACGCAAACCUUCUUGAGGAACUGUCUCUCUGGUCCCCCUUGAUUUCCUUGCUGGAUCACGAGGACGAGGAUAUGAGGUACCACGCUGCCUGGUGCCUGGGCACGGCGGUGCAAAACAACCAAAAGACGCAGGAACGGCUGUUGGCCAUGGGCGGCGUGCCCAAGUUGGUGGACCUGGCGAUGAAGGAGGGCGAGUCGGAGAAGGUGAGGCGCAAGGCUACGUAUGCGCUUAGCAGUGCGGUGAGGAAUUAUCAGCCGGCUAUGGAUGUCGCGGCGGACGAGAUGCAUAAGCGCGGUCAUGAGGUUUUGGUGAACAACGGGACCAAGGUGGAUGCGGCGGAUAUGGAUAAAGUGGAUGAGGUUAUUGACGUUUUGAGAAACAAGGCCAAGUCUGCUUAGAGCUGUCUAAGGGGAUGAGUAGGUUGAGGGUUUGGGGUUCAUGAUGGGGAUGACCAAAUGAAAGGAAAAUGGGACUGAAAAGAUAUGGUUUUGGUUUUGGCAUUGGAAAAGGCGUUUGGUUUUUUUUGUUUGGAGAUCCUUGGUUGAUCAAGACGAAUGGGUUCUGUUGUCAUAAUAUCUUGACCUGUUCUGUGCAAAGCUAGACUGGGAUAUGGAUAUGUGGUUCUAGACUUGGGAGUUGUUUAUGAAGCAGAUACCCUUGACGAUGUCCGUUUACACAAUCCAGUUCACG